AUGCUCCCCAUGACCAGCUUGACGCUGAUGUUGGACACGGAGUUCGGCAACCUCAGACUAUCCAAUGCCGACACUGUCGCCGACGGAGCCCUCGUCCUCUUCAAGCCGUCUGCUGCCGACGACGUUGCGCCGCCAGCCCCGAAAUGGAGUCCCAGUGGGGCCACCUCCACCGCGUUAGUGAGACUACACCGGAAAACGCCCAAACCCAGAAGUGGCCAUGUCGCCAGGGCCAUGGUGAAGCUUCCCCAGCCGCAGCCACCGCAGGAGCUGGACUUGAAGCGGUGUAAGACCCAUUACGGGGUGCAGACGACCAAGCGAGGCGAGCUUUGUUUCCAACGGAGAGAGCAGCGGCGGAUCGGCUUCGCCACGAGUGAGAGGCAAGAAUUGCCGCCCGUGCCUCAGUUGGUGUACUUCACGUUUACAUGCCCCACAGUGUUCCCCCGCAAUUGGGGCCCCGUACCCGCGUACAUCCUGACGCCCCAGGGCCCGGUGCGUGUCCCCACCGCUGUCCCCACCUCCGACUUUACCUUGGAGUGUGCCACGCCGUCCCUGAGUGCAUUUAAACCCACGCUCAUCAACUUUUCGCUGCUGCGCGUCCCGCCGUCGGUUCUGCCGUCGGUCCUGCCGUCGGUCCCGCCGCCGAAACCGCCGCCGAAGCCGCUGCCGGCUGCCAGUGCCGCCAAUGUCUCCAGCGUGCCGUUGUCGUCGAAGGAGGUCACCACGGAUGCCCGCCGUCGCAUCGUCGUCCCCAAACUGGUUUUGGGACGCAAGUACGUGGUGAAGCUAGACCACGAGGUGUACCCAAAGUAG